UGUUUGUGGAUGUAUAUAAUUGUGUUACAAGGAACCCAUUUAAUGCUUUAUAAAACAGAGGGACUGUCUUUCUGUCUUUCUAUAAAAUUCCUUUAGUGCACUCUGGCACUGUGAACAGGAACAGCUUUCCUGUCAGUCAGGAUACACACUCACACAGUAUUCCGGAUAAUGCCUCUGGGAUCUCGCUGUGGGAAACUUUGAGGGGGAGUGUUUAAAGGUGGAGCAGAACACUGAGCUUGUGGGACAGGACUCAAGCAUUGAACAGAAGUGGAUGUUUGAUGGUUUGAUCUUCCCUCACUCCAAUGGGAGACGCUUUGACAAUGGACUGGAUUUGACGCUGACACACAAGAGGACUUAAGUAGCUGAGUGCCUGCGAGAGGACUCUGAAGUGAAGUUUGUGAUAAACAGAGUUGCAGUCCAUGAGAACUUUGCCUGGAGCUUAUCUGCGCUGACACCAGAUUCAAGAGGAGUUUCAGUUCUGCUGAGACACUGUGUUGUGUGGGCUCCAGAGUAGGAAUUAGCACCAUGGCAGGGGUCACUAGAAAGGGUUCUGGGAGACCCUCGUACUACUACAGAUUCUUGGGCAAGUCCCGACUGCAGCGUCAGCGCAGCCGGUCCCGCAGUCGCACCAGGAUGGCUGCCAACAGGGAGUCUCCUCCAGAGAGGACAGGACGCCGACGCAGCAUGCCAGGCAGUUCCUCAGACAAAACUACACCCACCAUGGAGACUACAUCCACCGCUACCACACCUUUCAGAGUCACCGUGAGUACUGGCUUUCUAAGUCGACGGCUGAAGGGCUCCAUAAAACGCACCAAGAGUCAACCCAAACUCGACCGCAACUCCAGCUUCAGACACAUCCUGCCUGGCUUCAGGAGCGUCGACAAUGACAGAUCUCAUCUGAUGCCAAGGCUGAAGGAGUCUCGCUCCCAUGAGUCAUUGCUCAGCCCCAGCAGCGCUGUGGAAGCCCUGGACCUAAGUAUGGAGGACGAGGUUAUCAUCAAGCCUGUUCACAGCAGCAUCCUCGGGCAGGACUACUGCUUUGAGGUCACCACCUCCUCAGGAAGCAAAUGCUUUUCCUGCCGUUCAUCAGCCGAGAGAGACAAAUGGAUGGAGAAUCUGAGGAGGGCAGUCCAGCCCAACAAGGACAACAGUCGUCGGGUGGAGAACAUGUUGAGGCUGUGGAUCAUCGAGGCCAAGGACCUGCCAGCCAAAAAGAAAUAUUUCUGUGAGCUUUGUCUCGAUGACUCGCUCUACGCUCGCACCACCUGUAAGCUCAAGGCUGACAAUGUGUUUUGGGGAGAGCACUUUGAGUUCAAUAACCUGCCCGCUGUCAUGAGCAUCACGGCACACCUGUACAAAGACACAGACAAGAAGAAAAAGAAAGACAAGAACAAUUACAUCGGACUUGUUAAUAUCCCCGUCGCAGCUGUUACCGGACGACAGUUUAUGGAGAAGUGGUAUCCAGUCAGCACGCCCAACCCCCCUAAGGGCAAGACAUCUGGACCUAUGAUCAGGAUCAAGGCACGCUAUCAGAGUAUGAACAUCCUUCCCAUGGAGAUGUACAAGGAGUUUGCAGAGUACACCACCAAUAACUACAUGCUGCUGUGCUCAGUGCUCGAGCCUGGGAUUAGCGUCAAGAACAAGGAGGAGAUGGCGUGUGCGCUGGUGCACAUUCUGCAGAGCACUGGCAAGGCCAAGGACUUCCUCACAGACUUGAUGAUGUCAGAGGUGGACCGCUGCGGGGAGAACGAGCACCUCAUCUUCAGAGAGAACACAUUAGCGACGAAGGCUAUCGAGGAAUACCUCAAACUGGUGGGACAGAAAUACCUUCAGGACGCCCUCGGUGAGUUCAUCAAGGCUUUGUAUGAGUCAGAUGAGAACUGUGAGGUGGAUCCGUCCAGAUGUUCGUCAGGUGACUUACAAGAGCACCAGAGUAACCUGAAGAUGUGCUGCGAGCUGGCCUUCUGCAAAAUCAUCAAUUCAUACUGUGUUUUCCCACGAGAACUGAAAGAGGUGUUUGCGUCAUGGCGGCAGGAAUGCAGCAACCGGGGUCGACCGGACAUCAGCGAGCGUUUGAUCAGUGCGUCCUUGUUCCUGCGGUUUCUCUGUCCGGCCAUCAUGUCCCCGUCACUUUUCAAUCUGAUGCAGGAAUACCCCGAUGACCGCACGGCACGUACGCUCACGCUCAUCGCUAAAGUCACCCAAAAUCUGGCCAACUUCACUAAAUUUGGUAACAAGGAAGAGUACAUGUCCUUCAUGAACCAGUUCCUGGAACACGAGUGGACCAAUAUGCAGCGCUUCUUGCUCGAAAUCUCAAACCCAGAGACAAUCUCCAACACGGCAGGCUUUGAGGGGUAUAUCGACCUCGGCAGGGAACUCUCCACCUUGCACUCCCUCCUCUCUGAGGUGGUGUCUCAGAUGGACCAGAGUGCCGCCUCUAAGCUGGGACCUCUGCCCAGGAUCCUGCGGGAGGUGAACACAGCUCUGUCUAACCCGUCCUGUGUCCAGAUGACACCCGGACAGUCCUCAGAGCACAUGGGCUCGCCUCCUGCUGAGGCAAGUUGCAGCAUCUCAAGCGGCCUGCAGAAGAUGGUCAUCGACAAUGAUCUUUCAGGAUUGGUUGACUUCACCCGGUUACCCUCCCCCACCCCAGAAAAUAAGGACAUAUUUUUUGUGACAAGGAGCUCAGGGAUCCAGCCUUCCCCAGCACGUAGCUCAAGCUACUCUGAGACCAACGAGCCUGACCUGGGCAUGGCCAAUGGCAGCAAGAGUCUGUCCAUGGUGGACCUCCAGGACCCCCGCAGUCUGGAGAGUGGCGCAGGUCCCAGCACCUCAGAUGUUUUGUGUGAAGGCCCAGGCUCUGGGGGCGGCUGGUCAGCCAGAAUCCCACAAGGCAACAUUCCUGGAGGUCCCACCUUGAGGAGGCCAGGCCAGACCCCCACCACCCCAGGUACAGAGAGCACCCCAGGUCGACCCGCCCAGUUACUAGCCCCCCUGUCCUUCCAGAACCCAGUGUACCAGAUGGCCGCUUGCCUGCCCGUGUCCCCUCGUGGAAUGACCGACUCGGGCUCCGAGUGCCACAGUUCUGUCAGUUCCCAUAGCAACAACGAGGACGGACCAGCAGGAGGGAGACCCGCCUUCUUGAACCACGGUGGAGGAGGUGUCGUCGGCGUCGGUGGCGGGAGCAGCGGGGACGAGUACACCAGGCGCUCGGGCGAGUUCAACCGCCGACAGCUGUCCCUCACAGAAGCGCAGCACCAGCCCACCGUCCCCAGACAGAACAGCGCCGGCCCCCAGCGGAGGAUAGACCAACCCCCUCCUCAGAGCAUCACCCGGGGCCGCACGCCUCCAAAUUUGCUCAACAGCGGACCCUACCCUCGGCCCUCCUCCGGCAGCAUGAUGACAUCAUCACCCGACUGGCCGGGCAGCGGGGCUCGGUUACGACAGCAGUCCUCCUCCUCCAAAGGUGACAGUCCUGAGACCAAGCAGAGGGCUCAGCACAAACAGGCCCCCUCCCCAGUGAACCCCAGUGCGCUGGACCGCACAGCCGCCUGGCUAUUGAAUAUGAAUGUGCAGUAUUUAGACCAUGAGGGGAUGGAGCCAGAGUCACUGAGAAACAGAGAGGAUCUGACUCAGGUGGAGAAGUACCAGCAGGAGAUCGCCUUGCUGCAGGAGAAGCUGCGGGCGUCGGUGCAGAAGCUGGAGGAGUACGAGGCACGCCUGAAGGGUCAGGACGAACAAGCCCAGAAGGUGUUGAUGGAGUACCAGGCCAGGCUGGAGGAGUCUGAGGAGCGCCUGCGCAGACAGCAGGAUGACAAAGACCUCCAGAUGAAGGGCAUCAUCAGCAGGUUAAUGUCGGUGGAAGAGGAGCUAAAGAAGGAUCAUUCAGACAUGCAGGCAGUGGUUGACUCUAAACAGAAGAUCAUCGACGCACAGGAGAAGCGCAUAGCAUCGUUGGAUGCAGCCAAUGCCCGCCUGAUGAGCGCACUGGCCCAGCUGAAGGAGCGCUACAGCAUGCAGACCCGGAACGGCAUCUCCCCCACCAACCCCACCAAACUGCAGAUUACUGAGAACGGAGAGUUUAGAAACAGCAGCAACUGCUAGACAGACUGGCAUCUGCUCCGAGUGAGUGUUGUGUGCCUGCGUGUGUAUAGUUAAUAAACAAGAGGACGUCUACAUGCAUGCAUGGAUGCAUGCCAGUUUGAAAGACCGCAAAGAUGAGUGUGAGUGUGAGUGUGUGUGUGUGUGUGCGUGUGUGAACGUGUGUUUUUAAAAGCGGACAGUUCUUUUGGAAGACAUUUUUGGACACAGUGUGGGAGUCAGGACCUCGCUCUGAGGGGGUUAGCCAGCCAAAAGAGGUGGGAUCUGGCGUUGAUGGACGGAUCACCAAGAGAACAAGAUCACCAGACGGCCUUCAUCACGAGGGCGACGGCCAGAGGAGGCGGUGCAGAGCUUGUACAUAUGAAACUCAAAGCUGUCCAUCAGUCAAACACUUUGCCAGUGGAUGUAUGCAGUCGCUGGGACAAUUCAAGACCCUGCCUAUGCCUGGGACGAACCACUAUAUAACCACACACAGUGACGACCGCUAGAUGACGGUCGCCCUAGCAACCCUCCUCUCCUCGUCUCUCUCUUUCUCUCUCUCUCUCUCUCUCUCUCUCUCUUUAUUCUUCUUCCUCUUGACAACCAAGUGGACCCACUUAAAAACAAUAACACACAUUAAGGAUUAUCACUUUAGUUGUCUGGAGAGGAUUAAUUUCUAGUGCUUUAUUUUAAAGUCAUUGUUUAUAAAGAACCAAAUAGGAGCUAAAAAAAAAAAGAUAUUUUUAGUCCAAAACAAUCUUCUCUAUUUCCCUCUUCACUCCUCAGGUGUGUUCCUGAGCGUCCCGCUUACCUCCCAAAACCCCUCUGCUUACCCCUCCAUCCCUACGUAGUGCACUUUGUGAAAAGCUAUUGGUACAUGAAACGCCUUAAGUAAGGAACACACCUCGACUUUAUCCCGGAGCUCCCCUAUUUCUGCAAAAAAAAAAGGCACAACUUAUACUGUGGAUUUGUAAAGGAUACAGAAAUAAAUUGUACACAGUUAAAUGUAUUAUGAAAACUAAAGUAAAUGAAUUAUAUGUGAUACUAUAUUAAUGAAAUUUAAUAUAGAUGUAUGCAUUUCUUUUCUUCUUCUAUAGAAUAUACACACAUAUACCUAUAUUUGAUAAUCUCAAAUAUAAAAGCAGCCCUUUAUUUAGGAGUGAGAUCUAGUUUUUAUUUUCUCUGACGAUGAAAGACUGUAGUGUGUAGCUUGCUUUAGAGCCCUGGAUGAAGAGACCACAGCGAGCAGUGAUCAGCACCAUCGCCUCAGCCAUCCGUCAAAAACUCCAUGAUGCUUAACCCUUUACAUACCGUACGUGUAAGAGAAAUGUCUGUACAGUAGCUCAAAUGACUCCGGCGUAGCUUGCACAACUCGUGAUCAAGUGAUCAGUUCUUCACCUGGUGCUAAUCACUGCUCUGAAAGACAGACGACGCAGAUGAAUUAAACACAGAUUUAGAUUUUGGUUGGCUCAUGUGUUGUGUACCUGUGUGUGUGUGUGUGUGUGUGUGUGGUGGUCUUCUUGCUCUAGUAGCACAAGAGCUAUUGAGAGAUGUGUUUGGACGCACUCGCUCAUAGUAUACACUGGACUGGUGAGCCAUUGUACUAAUGGCCUCCUUAGUUGCAUCAUUUUCUCUUUUAACUGCUUUGUUUGUCAGUGGUAAUGAAGUAUGCUGCAUCCAAACUGUGACUCUGUUAUUCCUAGUGGCAUCAUUUCUCUUCUCAUCUCCCCUCUUUGUGUCUUUUUUCUUACUCCGCCCCUCCUGCGGUUUCUUCUGAAUGUGAAGAUGCUAACUCACAGUUGGUCUUAAAGAGGUCCUUCAAAUCGUUCCUGUCAUCGCUGUCAGAUCCCAUAGCUCCAUCUCAGCAUCUGUAUUUUGUAUAUUUUUGUAUUCAUUUUUCUUACCUGUAACAGACUAUAGUGUGAGGCUCUGCAUGCUUCAUCCUUGCUCUAGAGCCAAUGGUAGCAUUGGUAUCACUAUUUGUUUUUUUCUUUUGUUGCCAAUUGGAAGGUGGCGAAGAUAAUGAUAAUGAUGAUGAUGAUGAUGAUGAUGAAUGGCUUGCUCCAGACGUAUACAAGUAAAUAUAUGAUAACUGAGUGUAUCAAGAGGCUGGACAGCCUGGGAAAGUGUAAAUAAAAUGCUCACACUAUUUUUACCUAAUGUUAACAAGAGCUUUUUGUAAAUGUAUCUUGUGCUCAAACUCUGCUGUAUCAUUAUGGAUAUUGUAAAUACAAAAUAGCUCAGUUGGUCACCUGUCCUCACUGGGUAGAACUAUACAAUUAAAUUAACCUUUCAGUGUUCUCCCUUGGUAAAGCUAUUGUUUUUUUAUUAUUAUUGUAUUUAGAGUGUAAUAUCACUAGCCAAAAAAAAAGCUGACUUGGUAAGUAGAAGUUUGACUCUUGGGCAGUAGUGGAGGAUGCCUCCUUGGUUUCAGGCCAAGCAGAGUCCAGUCUAGAUGAGAUAUGCAAGCACAAUCCUGUAUUUCUCAUCAGUCUAGCUUGAAGCACUUUUAUGUUCAGUGGUUGGUGUUUAUAAUUAGAUUUUUUUUUUUUUUUUUUUAGCACAACACCUGUUUCAGGUGUUUAAAAAUGUUGCAAAAAGUUAAAACCCGAAGACAGGGAUGUGGGUAUGAUUAGCUCAUUCACAAACCCCUAUAUCAGCGUAAACACAACUAUUUAGCUUUUUAUUUUUUUUAUUUUGUUUGUUUGAAUAGAAAAGAAUAGCCUCAAACUGAAGAUAUUUUCUUCUCAUCAUAUCUUACCAGGCAUCCAGUGCCAAAACAAUAUUGCUCAACUGCAGUUUAAAUCAAGACUGUGUAACUUUUAACAUAAGAAAAAAACAAGUUUUGCUUCUUAUGAUUAAAUAAUUAAUUCUUAAGCAAUAAAACGCUGUUGCUCAAUUCUCACACAGUGAUUAUGUUAUGGCCGCUAGCGUUUUGUGGCUAAUGUUAGCAAAUUUUAGAAAGAUUGUGCUGUAUAAGCCACAAUACUGAUGCAGUUCAGACAGUCAAAGGUUUGAUUGCUAUAGCCGUACUUGGUCUAUUACAAAGAGUAGCUUUUGGUAGCCAAGGUUAACUAAUUGUAGGUUUGCUAUUGAUUCAAAACAUUGACUUUAUGACUUUUCUCCACUUGCUAUGGUCAUAAUAGCUUAGCAUUUCAGCUCAAUUCUCAGCUAAAUGCCAAACAACAGUCGAGCUAAAUGCUAAUCUGCAUGACUAUAAUUUAGCAUUUAGCAUUAGUCGCUAGUGCCGCAAAAGUUACAUAGUCUCACUUUAAACUGUAAUGUACAAUAAUAACUGAUGAAAAGUUGUCAUGUAUAUCGCUUAAGUACAUCUACACAAAUUGGUUUCAAAUUUCACUACUCAACUAUCAGUUUGGGUUUUUUUGUUUGUUUGUUUUUUGUAGCUCAUCCAUGCUCCCAUUUCUAAUCUGAUAUUAUUGAGUUUACGGAGUCAGGAAACCAUGAGCUCACUGUUCACACACAGUUUAAGUCAGUCUGUCAGAAAGUUCAAUCAAAAAUAUAAAGCUAUAAAUAAAGUAAAAGAUGUUGUAUGUUUUCUAUUAUCUUGUAGAAAAUACUUUUGUAAGUAUGUUGAAAGUAUAAAGUAUUUGCUGGAUUCUGCUUCCUUUGACGACAGUGACAAAACAAUAAUGUACAGAGGAAUUUGUGUUGACAAACUGUGGCUGUGCAAUUUAUGUACAUUUGCAACUAGACCUAUUAAAGUUUUA